ACUAUGCUUAAGCAUAGUGUUUUGAGUCACAUAUAGGUGAUUUUCACUAUUUAUAAGAAAAAAUUUCCAAAUUGCUUCCCUUUGAUGGCUCUAUCCUACUUGCUCAAUCAACCAAGGUUCAAACCUUGGUUCUUGCAUAUUUCAAAAAAAAAAAUUCCCUUCUUUAUUUCCUGAUUCAUUGCCCCAUGUGCUUCCUUCUCCUCCACGUGACCCCCCUUAUUUACCUUAUUCUUUCCAUUUCCUCCAAUUUUCACUUUCUCUUUCAACCUAUCCCUCAUAUGCGGAUCUGCCCCUUCUCCUCUCUCCUCCAUCCUCCGUCGUCCGCCCCUUUCUCCACUAGGACCACCAUAUCUUUUCUUCUCAUCACUCUCCAUCAGAACUUCAGUUUCUCAAUCGCGAAAUCUCUUUAUGUAUCUCUCAUUGCUGGGACAUGCGAAACAUCUGGUCAUCUGAUCGAUUUCUUUGGGGUGGCCAUUAUUGCUCCCAAAAAACGGUAGAUUGUUCAAAUAUUGUUGGUGCCAGCACUUGUUGAAUGUGGCUAAAGUUCACUUUUGCUGACACACAUUACUAGGACAACAGUACCUGUAACUCUGUUAUCAUUGUCGUCCUCUGAUGGCGUACCUUUUUACUCAACUUCUUAGAUUAAGUUCAAGAGGCUAGACGCUUCAAAAUUCUCCAUGUGCCUAACAAGUUUCUGCAUGAGGAUGUUUGUUUUGCAGCUGGAAGGAUUGUUGCAGUCAGUCAAAGGUGGUAUGCUUCCAGUGAUUGACUGUUGCGCAGCUGUUCUGCUCUGUUUGGCUGUUGUUGGUAGUGUUUCAGGUGUGGUGUUGCUGCAUGGGGGUAGUGGUUGUCACUGCUUGUUUGUUGUCAACCAUAAAGUAUAUUGGGAAUUGUACAUCAGUCCAUAUGUUAGGUUAACCAGCACUAGGACGAAGAUCAAUGGCGAGUCUUCUUUCAUGGAGAUCUCAACCAACAGCCAUAAAGACGAGAGAUUAUCGCCUUUUAACUCGACUUAUGCAGUGAGGUUUAAAGAGGAUAUAAAGAGGUGGGCGAGAGGCGGUGUGAGAUAUGCAACCAUUGUAGUAGCUCUUGUGAUCUACAUAAGGGUGGUGGUUUUGGGGAAUUUUUGUGUAAUUGAUUUUUUUUUUCCGCUCAACUCCUUUUCUCGGGGUUUUCUCCCCUAAUCGCUCUGCUUGUUUGCUAAUUUUGUUAUGAUAUUUGAUUUUCAUAUCUUGGGGGACCGCGCGCGCUAGCGCGUGGUCCAACAACUAGUUAAUACCAAAGGGAGAGCAGUACAAAGAAAAUGGGACAACACCCAACAAACCAACAACUACAAACAACAACCUAAGCAAGACCAACUAAAAGAAAAAAGAAAGAAUAAACUGUUGGAAAUUCUCAUUGGGAAACACAAAGGAAAAAAAGGGUGAGUGAAAAUUCAAGAGUCCCACAUUGGAAAAACUCUUCAUAUUCCUCUUGUUUAUUAAUUGGGGAAUGAGUGUAACUCUUGUUUAAGAAAGUGUGAGAAUGGUAUGGGUGGACACAUCACACACACGCGCGCGCGCGCCGGGCCGGGCGUGGGCCGUGGGCCUUGGGCCGUGGGCCGUGGGCCUUGGGCCUUGGGCCUUGGUACUUGGUACUUGGUACUUGGUACUUGGCUCUUGGCUCUUGGUACUGCGGUUCGCGGGCGUGGGGUGGGUUUUGUGGGUCAACCCUGUUCC